AUGCAGUACGUUCGGAACAUCAGCGACUCGGUCUCGACAGCAUGGAACUCCAUCAAUCCUGCCACCCUGAGCGGUGCUAUUGAUGUCAUCGUUGUCCAGCAUGAAGACGGCUCGCUCGCCUGCUCGCCCUUUCACGUACGAUUUGGCAAGUUUUCGCUCUUGCGGCCGUCUGAAAAAAAAGUCGAGUUCAAGGUCAAUGGCAUCAAGCAGGAGUACUCUAUGAAGCUCGGCGAAGGCGGCGAGGCCUUCUUCGUCUUCGAAACUACCGAAAAUGUUCCUGCAUCCCUUCAGACGUCUCCCCUAGUUUCUCCAGACAGCAGCCCCGGACUGGGUCCUGAGGAAGCGCCAGCUGGACUCAACGACCCAGACAUUCUUGAACUUGAUCAAGAGCUGAGCAACUCGGCUAGACCGGCAGCGGUCGUGCUGCAAACCCACUCCGACGCAAAUGGCAUGAUGACUCCGCUAUCUGCUUCGCCAAACAUGUCAAAUCCACGUCCGGUGUCUGACGACUGGACUUCGUCCCUGGUCAGGCCGCACAGCGUCGAUAUUUUCAGGCGGUCUGCAAGAGCUCUCCACCGUGACGACGAAGACGAGCCUCGAGGUCCGAACGAGUCCGAGAGAUCGCAUAGCCCCCCACCUUUGGGAAUGGAGCGAGCUAGAACUCUGGCCAAGGAGCUGUCUGCUGUGAAUAUACCUAGCCGCGUCACCGAAACUGGCGAUCUCAUGCUCGAUAUGACCGGUUUCAAGAGCAGCGAAGAGGACAUGCUCCAGGCCGAGAUACUCGCUAGGAAGAUUCUUUCUGAGGAGCUUGAAGGCAAUUACGAUAUUGGCUCCCUCUUCGGCUUUGACGAGGAAGGCAACCUGUGGAUUUACAGUAGUGAGGAGGCGAAGCAGGCGGCCAUGAACAAAACCAUUGAGUCGUCGCUCAAGGCACAUCGCCACGACACUGCCGCCGAUGCCGUCUCCGACCCCGGAUAUCACAGUGACGGUAGCGAUGUUACGACCAGCCCCCGUGUUCCUUCACACCGGCGGACAGAGUCUGACGCUGGUCCGUCCGGAAUGCAGACCCCCCCUCACACGCCUCCCGGAUAUGCUGCAAACCCAAAUGUCAACUACGCCAAGACGCUACGUUUGACUAGCGAUCAACUGAAGGCGCUGGAUCUGAAGCCGGGGGAGAACUCCAUGAGCUUCACUGUCAAUCGAGCAACCUGCGCCGCGAACAUGUACCUAUGGAAGCAUGAAACUCCCGUCGUCAUCUCCGACAUUGACGGCACCAUUACCAAGUCAGACGCCCUCGGCCAUGUGCUCAACAUGAUUGGCCGCGACUGGACGCACACGGGCAUUGCCAAGCUGUACAGCGACAUCGCUCAAAAUGGAUAUAACAUCAUGUAUUUGACAAGUCGAUCCGUUGGUCAGUCUGAUACAACUAGAACGUAUGUCAAUGGCAUCGUUCAAGGCGGAUGCAGGAUGCCCCAUGGCCCUACAAUCUUGUCACCCGAUCGCACAAUGGCAGCUCUGCGACGAGAGGUUUACUUGCGUCAGCCGCACGUGUUCAAGAUGGCCACACUUCGAGACAUCAGCAGCCUGUACGGACCAGGUCACAAUCCGUUCUACGCUGGAUUCGGCAACCGUCUGACUGAUCAGAUUUCGUACCGGACUGUCAACGUACCCAGAACCAGAAUUUUUACCAUCAAUUCCAACUCUGAGGUGUCUCUGGAUCUCUUGAGCCUCAACAAGCUGAAGAUGAGCUAUGUCAACAUCAACGAGGUCGUUGACCACUACUUCCCACCCGUCGCCACGCUAGUGAAGGGUGGCGGAGAAGACUACACCGACUUUAAAUACUGGCGCGACGAGCCCCUUGAGCUUGACGAAUUCUCAGCCAGCGACAGCGAAGAAGUAGACGUGCCGGGCGAUAACGAAAGCACAUACACUGUUGACGAUGACGAAGAGAUUGGCGACGGCCUCGUCGACAGCUACAUCUCACGAGAGUCUAUAGACGAAAUCUUGGACGAUGAGAAUGUCGAAAACGACGAGGAGUACGACGAGGACGACGAGGAAGGCGAAUAUGAUGAGGACUACGCCGGGUCUGACGACGACGAAACACAGCUUGUCGAUCGCAUGGCCAGGUCCAUGAUUUCCAACAAGGGCGUCGAAGAAGACGUCGGCGCAGAACUAAUCACGGGGUUGAGCGGCAACGGCGUUGCGAUCGAAUCACAGGAAGCAUACUUUGAAGAGCCCGUCGAGAUUCGGCCCACGGCCGCGUCCACACCUGAUCAAGCAUCUUAG